AUGUUGAUUAAUUGGACUCUGCCUUCUCAUGGUUGGAUAAAAGUUAAUAUUGAUGGCAACUUAAAUUGUACCAACACUGGGAUUGGAGGCUUGUUCAAGGAUGUCAAUGGGAAAUGCAUUGUUUUCCUUGCUUCCCCUUGUGUUGCUUCUUCUCCUCUUGAAACAGAAACAAGGGCUGCUUUGGGUGCUUUACAAAUUACAAUUUCAUAUGGACUUUCUCACAUUAUUCUUGAAACGGAUUCUUUAGUUUUAUUUCAAAUCUUAAUGGGCUUUCUUAAGCCUGAUUGGAAUAUUACUAUCUUACUCAACCGCAUUAAAGAUAUGGUCAUUAAAUUUCAUUUUCAAAUUCAAUAUGCACUCAUUAAUCGUGAGGCGAAUAGGCCUGCGGAUUGGUUAGCUAAGAAGGGGCAUCUUGGUAUCAUUAUAGGAGAAAAUCCUACUUGCCCUCUUUAUAAUCUCACUCUUGGUGAUGUUUUGGAUGCACCUUAUAUGUGA